CAUAAUAAUAAAAAUGUGCUGGCAAUGAGCCAGCUCCAUGCAGAAAUAUUACCAUCGAACCGGACACCUCAACCCUAUUACAAGAGCCAACUAGAGUUCAAGCAAAUACCUCAUCCAACCAGUCACUUGAGGAGACAGAUAUCUUGA